AUGCAUUUUCUAUGUUUUCAGAAAUAUACCCAGAAUGUUCAAUUAAAAUGGCGGAUUCAGUGUCAGCUGUUAACAGUACAAGCAGGGUGUAUAGCAGUAGUCUCCUUGAUGUAUGUCGGCACGUGUGUGAGGAGUGUGGUGAUGAGGUAGAACAUCUAGAACAUCAUGCUCUAGAGGAACACCAAGGCGUUGACCAGGGUUCGAACCAGUUUUCUCUUCACAGAGAUUUUGAUAUUCAACGCUGGCACAAAUGCUCUGUUUGUGGGGAAGAUAUUUAUUUUAGCAGAUCAAAUCUUAAAACUCACUUGAAACAACACAACCUCUCAUUUAAGAAUUACGCCAGCGAUCAUCUAUCUCGAGAUAUUGGUAAAAGCGGAAAUACUGACCAGGAUAAUGAGCUAGAUAACGAUGAAAACGAAGAAGAUGAUGAUAAUGAAGAAGAUGUCGAGGAAGUAAGAGAAGAGGAUAGAGAGUUUUCAAACAGUUUUGCCGACAUUAUCAAGGUUAAGUGUAGUAUUUGUGGAAAUAAUGUUGAAGAAGACGAAUUUAAGAACCUGCACCUAGAUACCCACUGUGUCAAACUAAAGGAAUAUUAUGCAAAAUACGGGCGACCGGAGCCAACCAAGAAAAUCUACCACAAAUGUCAGAUUUGUCAGAAAAUUCUCCUUUUCACGAGAUCUUCUUUGUCUCUGCAUAUUUGCCAGUAUCACAAGAUGAAGAUGAAACUAUAUUCUCAAAAUUUUAUGAAUAAAACAAAGUCUGAGACUAGUGUACAUUCAGAAGCUGGCGAUGAAUGCACAGAAUUGUACAGCAAUGAUUACAAAGACGAAUGUACAGCAGUUUGUAAGGUAGGAUCGUAA